AUGGAACAAGCUGUGACGGAUCUUGGUUUUGUGCAUUUAUUAAAUGCUCAAAAUAUUGCAUCGCAAUUGUAUGCAAAUGUGAUGCCUCAUGUUGCUCACAAUGUCAAUGUGGCACAAGGUUAUAUUCUGAGUGACAUUGUGAAUAUAGAGCCGGAGGAUGAAAGGAGUAAUGUAUUGAUUUAUGACAAUGAUGAUGUUGCUGAAGAUGAUGUUGCGGACGAUGUGGAUACUGAUUAUCAUGUCAGGGACGAUGUGGAUACUGAUUAUGAUGAUGGGGACGAUGUGGAUAGUCUUGAUGAAGACAAUGAUUAUGUUGUUGAAGACGUUGUUCAUCCUAUGUCUAAUAGACAUACUGUGCAACCAUUAGAGAGUGGAACUGACCUAUACAGACGGGAGGCACUGAGUUCAGGUUGUACAUAUGCUGAUAAAGAGAAGUUGCAGAUUUCUUUGGGUUUAUAUCAUUUGCAAAAUCGUAUUGAUUAUGUUGUGGAACGUUCAAAUAAGACACGAUUUUCAGUUGUCUACAUGAAUAAAGAAAAAUAUGCAUUCCUUAUGCGUGCUACAUCAGUUGAGACAGGUUCUGUUUGGAGAGUUUCAAAAUGGAACGCUCCACACACUUGUGAGAUGGACUUGAGAAAUCAUGGGCGAAGGACUGUUGGUGCAAAAGUGAUAGAUGCAUUUUUUGCACCUACUUUGUUGAAUGAAUGGGCAAUUCUGAGGCCAAAUGAGAUGUUAGCUCAACUUCAGAGGCAGUUUGGAAUUCAAGUUGAUUAUAAAUCAGCUUUGAUGGGGAGAAAUUAUGUUGUUAGUAUGAUCUAUGGAGACAAAGACAAGUCACUUCAACAGUUGUCAUCAUAUUUGUUCAUGACUGAUAGUUCUAAUUGCUUUCAGUAUGUUUUUAUGGCUCUUUCUGCUUCAAUUGGUGGUUUUCUAGCAUCGGGUCGUCCUGUGAUUGUUGUUGAUGGUACACAUUUGAAAUGGAAGUACAAGGGCAUUAUGUUUGUGGCUACUACAAAAGAUGGUAAUGAGCAAAUAUUUCCCUUGGCUGUUGAUCAACAUCGUAGCAUUAAGAAUGCUAUUGAGGUCGUUUCUCCUGGUAUUCCUCACGGACUUUGCACGAGUCCGGAGUUUGAUAUUCAUUUCUCCAAUUUGUCUGAGACUUGUGAUGAUGCAUAUAGAAAAUUAGUAGAAGUUGAACCACGUAGAUGGACACAGAGUCAAUGUCCAAUUAGACGUUAUGAGUUCCUAACUUCUAACUGUGCCGAAUCUUUCAACAGUCGACUGAGAUGGGCCAGGAGAUUGCCUAUAUGCACUUUGAUGGAAUUUGUGAGGUCAUUGAUUGGUCAUUGGGUUGUAGAGCGGCAUGGGAAAGCAUUGUCAAUGACUCAUGAAUUGAUAGAUUAUGCAACCAAGAAGUUGGAAAGAUCACUAGAGGUAGGUCGAACGAUGCUAGUGGAAGCAAUUAAUUCAAUGAAAUUCAAGGUUAGUGAAGGCACAAAGCACUAUAUUGUGGAUCUCAAUGAAAGAAGUUGCUCAUGUAGAGAGUUUGACAUGGACUUCAUUCCUUGCUCUUAUGCAGCUGCAACAAUAAUGUAUGCAUUUACAUAA